CACAAAUCCUACGCUCAUUUUAUUCAUCAUUUAAAAAUGAGAAAUCUGGUCACGGUUUCCAAUGGUGUAAAGGAGUCAGAGUUCGGCAAAAUACUGCUUUCAGAUGUAGUGGUUACAAGUAAGAGAAACCUCUUCUGGGGACGAAAAUGGAGGAACAUCGACAUUCAAAUGGGUGUUGGGAUUUUAGCUAUUCAUUUACUAGCACUUGUCGCACCAUUUAAGCUUGCUUGGGAUGCUUUCUUGUUUGCAUUUUGGACAUGGGUGUUGUGUGGGAUUUGUGGUGUAACUCUGUCGUAUCAUCGUAACCUAGCACACCACAGCCUCAAACUGCCUAAGUGGCUCGAGUACACGUUUGCUUAUCUUGGGGUCCUCUCUUUCCAGAGGGAUCCAAUCUUUUGGGUGAGCAUUCAUAGGUUUCACCAUCAAUACGUUGAUUCCCAGAAAGAUCCACACUCUCCCACUUUUGGGUUUUGGUAUAGUCAUAUGGGUUGGCUCUUUGAUAGCGGCUACAUUAUCGAAAAGUAUAAAGAACGUAAUAACGUAGAGGAUUUAAAGAGUCAAGUAUUCUAUAGGUUCCUUCAAAAAACAUAUAUAUUUCAUAUAUCCGCAUUUGCAGCCUGCGUGUAUGCUUAUGGUGGAUUUACCUACUUCGUUUGGGCUGUGGGUGUUGCACCGACAUGGGGUUAUCAUACGACGUUUCUAGUGAACUCAGCUUGUCAUGUAUGGGGAUAUCAAAAGUGGGAGACUGGUGAUCUCUCCAAGAAUAAUUGGUGGGUUGCAUUGCUUACUUUUGGAGAAGGAUGGCAUAAUAAUCAUCAUGCAUUUGAAUAUUCAGCAAGACAUGGGUUAGAGUGGUGGCAAAUUGACUUUUGUUGGUACAUGAUAAGGUUUCUUGAAGCAAUAGGAUUGGCUACCGCUGUUAAGUUGCCAACUGAAGCUCACAAACUAAAGAAAUCAUUGUCUCACAAUAAGUUCAAGUGA